UGCCGUCUUUGGAUUAAGGGUGGGUCUGUUCCUUCUGCGGGAGGGGUCGUAUAAACGAAUACAAAUACAAUAAAUAAAAACGUACAGUAAUAUUUACACAGAACUUAUCCACGUAUCGUUAAAUACCGUGAAGAACAACGUCGUGGAUAGAAGUGGCGAAAUUCAACUUUUGUGUGUCGGUGUUUAUUGACAGCGGAACGGUGAACAAAGCCUAUCGGUGGAUGGAGUUCUCUACGGUUCAUGCUGUCUUUCCCUAAUUCCCAGUUCCCCCCUUCGUUCGACACGAUUCCCCAUAAAGAUUCAAUCCCCUAUACAUACACUCUAGUCGCUCCCGUUCAUGGCUGCGGCCUGGGGUGGGGGAAAACAAGCUGUAUAACGACGUAAAAUUUCGAAGCUUGUAUGCAGGAAUAUGUCAAGUUUAAAAAUCGUGUUGGUAAUACACUUGCUUGCCCUACCCUCAAGAACGAUGGACUCUGAGCAAAGAAAUCAGCAGGUGUAUCAACACUAAACAAAAAGCUAAAGAAUGAAUGCCUGCUGCACUCACGCUGCCAACACAGUACAAGCAGACUUAAGAUUUAUGCAAGUAGUGUGUGAGUAGCAGCUACUCACGCCACACUCAGACGUAUAUAUCUGUUUUCGCACAUGGCAGCCAUGAAGCAUGGCAAGACAAGUCAAGACGACGUAUGUUAUGUUGUCGCCAAAUAUGAUUAUGGAGCACAGGGUGCUCAGGAGUUAGACCUACGUAAAAAUGAACGGUACUUACUCCUCGAUGACUCUAAACAUUGGUGGAGGGUACAGAGCGCAAGAGGCCAAGCUGGCUAUGUGCCAAGUAAUUAUGUCAAGAAAGAAAAACCAUCUCUUUUUGAUAGCAUCAAGAAAAAAGUCAAAAAGGGCUCUGGCUCGAAAACUCUACCAUCUAGUAAUUCACCCUCUAGAGCUGUGGAAUCUCCUAUAAUGGCUAGGCGUCUACCUGCUGAUCCAAGCGAAGCAAUAGGUACAGCGGUUGUCAAAUAUAAUUAUCAGGCACAACAAGCGGAUGAAUUGUCACUUGUCAAAGGAACUAGAAUCCUAAUAUUAGAAAAGAGCAACGAUGGCUGGUGGAGAGGUCAAAGUGGCACACAAGCAGGCUGGUUCCCGUCAAAUUACACGCAAGAAGAGGGGGACGCGGAUGAUACUCUUCAUACAUACGCAAUGGCUGAAAAUGUUCUUGACAUUGUUGUAGCGCUUUAUUCAUUUUCUUCCAACAAUGACCAAGAACUGUCCUUCGAGAAGGGUGAUCGUUUAGAAAUCCUUGAUCGUCCACCAGCCGAUCCUGAAUGGUAUAAAGCAAGGAAUAGUCAAGGACAAAUAGGUCUUGUACCACGAAAUUAUCUUCAAGAACUGAGCGAAUAUUUGACACAACCAUAUCGUGAACGAGGAAUGACGAGUAGCGAGAUCAGUACAGGAGAUUCUCUCGAGAGAAGGCCAGACCCUGGCGAUAGACCGCAUCUUGUUGGAAAACCUUGGUAUUAUGGUAGUAUUUCACGCUCGCAAUGUGACACGCUGCUGAAUCAACAUGGUCAUGAUGGCGAUUUUUUAAUUAGAGAUAGUGAAACAAAUGUGGGAGAUUAUUCGGUAUCUUUGAAAGCUCCAGGACGUAAUAAGCACUUUAGGGUACACGUGGAAGGUGCAUUAUACUGCAUUGGUCAAAGAAAAUUCCAUACGCUAGACCAGUUGGUAGACCAUUAUCAACGAGCGCCUAUUUAUACUAACAAGCAGGGUGAGAAGUUAUACUUGGUACGCCCAUUGCCGAAAGGCAACCCCAGUAGCAAUGGUUGCUAGGUGAAUUCGUGCCAUGAGACGGUCCAUGCGCUUUGAAAUGUAUCUAUGAGAUACGCGACGCCUGCCUAGUAAUAUCACUAUCACACAUCUCGUAUGUUUAUACAUAACAAUUAACAUAAUUGGUGAAUUCAUAUAUUAGUGUUUCCUGAUUGUUUGUCCAUUUACACUGAUAUAUAAUUUAUUACUCUAAGUAAUUGCCACAAGCAAUUCUUACCAUUCAUUGGAGCUUCCAAACUAUUUAGCAAAUAAAGCUAAAAAGCUAAGAGAGACGAGUAAAACGUUUGUACGGCAGCUAUAUGACAUUUGUCUAGUUGACACACAAGGCUUCUCUUUAUAUCCAUAUGUAAUUGUAAAACACAACCGACCAUGUUAUUACGAUUAAUAAUAUAUUUACAACUACACGUAAUGUAGACUGCAAGUAUAACAAUGAAACAACGGUUAAUUAUCAUGCAAUUAUGACCGAUUAAGUGGAUCUCUACUCUGAAUCUAUUGGUAUUGAAUUUUGACAAAGACUAAGUGUUCAUUUGUGAUUUUGUAUUUAUUAGAAAUUUUUAAGUAAAUAAACUGUAUUUAAGUGUG